AUGGAGCGCGCACAACUCAUCGAGCUCUAUCUACGCAACAGGGAAACCGCACCGGUUUCCAAACAGGCAUCAUCCAAUAUCCAGUGCUAUCGGCUCGUCCAAGUCGAAACUCCAGUUUCUCCCGGUCAGGACGACCCAGAGCCGGAGCCGAUACUCGAUCAGGACGAUGAAGUCGAAGUCAAGAACUUGCGUAACACGUAUUAUCCUUUUUUAACGGAACCGUGCGAUUUUUUGGAGCACCAUCCCGCUGAGCAGGAUAACCGCACCCUGCCUGAUUUGAAAGUCAGCGCUAAGGGUCGACGAAGGAGGAAACUCCCGGAGAUACCAAAAGACAAGAAACCUCUCGAAGGACUCAGUCUGGCGGAGGAAUUCCGUGCAAUCGAUGCCAACACGCUGGUGACUCCCUUCUCUGAGCAGCUCUACCUGGAAAUCGACACAUCGGGAAACCAGCCACGUUCGACGUUCAAGUACUACAAAGAUCAAGCGAACGAAGACGAGCGGCUUCGAAACAUCAAAUCUCCGACGGACAUGGACGAGAGCAGAGAGAAAGAUGGUGCCGCGGAAGAUCCGCCACAAAUCGUGAAAGACUUGGAGGCCAGACAUCAGCUUGAACUUCAAGCAAACGAGCUUCAGGAGCUCAGCAAUAGGGAUCGUGACAGCGGUCAGGGUGAGAGUUCGCCAUCGAGAAGUUCAACGAUUUCAUCAUCCAGCAGUGCUCUUUGCGGUUCGCUGGCGAGGCUCAGAGUUUGCGACGCUACUCAUAGAGGCAUCCAUCGGUUCGUGCCUCGACAUCCUGAUGAAAUUGCCGUGGACCUUGGGGAUCCUGUCUAUGUGAUAAGGGAGUGCUCAAUCGAAGAUAGUUGGUGCGAAGGCUUGAAUCUCACCACAGGUCGACGAGGCCUUUUUCCAAAUGCAUACGUGACUGAUGUCGACUACAAUGAAUUCGAUCAAUGCCUACGGCGGGAGAGAUUCCUGUUGCAUUUCCUCGGUAGCGUAGAAGUUUCACAGCACAAAGGCAAUAGCGUUCUCUGUCAGGCGAUCCGUAAGAUUAUUCGGGAAGCGAAUAGGGCUGUGUCGAGAUCCACAGGGGAACCGAGGCCUGUGCCUAGCCUCGAGCCUGAAAGUCCCACAUCCUCUGAAUGGUGGUCGAGCUGUCUCGAAGACGUUCCAGGCCACUCUUGCGUACUCGAAGUUUCAGAACAAGGCCUCCGAAUCGUCGACCGGCGAUCCAAGGUCGGAGACGAUGCUGCCGCCGACAGGAAACAAGAUUACUUCUUUAACCUCAAGAAUGUGACUUUCUGCGGAUAUCAUCCGACAGAUCAUCGGUAUUUUGGUUUCAUCUCAAAGCAUCCUCUGCUGAAACGAUUCGCUUGCCACAUAUUCUUCGCUGAAGACGGUGCCCGAGAUGUUGCGGCUUCUAUUGGUUCAGCCUUCGAACGUUUCUACCACAAAUUCAUGGAAGUCACAUUUCCCACCGAGGACAUCUACAUCGACGACGCGGCAGUUUGAGGACCCUGGGAUUUGUGAUGCCGAGAGUCUUGGUGCCGAUUCGGGGGCUCUCUCGAACACGAAGCUCCUCGCGCAGCUCUUCUUCUGGAAUGUACCGAGGAAUAAUCCACGCGAAAACUCAAUCUUAGGACCGCAGCCAGAGUUCCGGAUCCUUCCGGCGAGCGUUUCCGAUGCUUCAAUCGACGACUUACAGCUCGCAGUCAAUUCGCAAAUUUUCUGAUGGCUUUCCCCCUGCUCCGCCUGCGAUGAAGCUCCUCGGCGAAUCGCAUCGGUAUUUCUCGGCUCGCUGAUGAAGGAAAGGUCUCUAGGAAGAUUCUCAGAUCAUUGGGUGAAUUAUUUCGUUAUGGGACAGUGGAGGGUCGACGGCCAUUCAUGAUCGUGAGCUCCUGGGAGCGAUUGUAUCGCGCGAAGGAUUUAUCAUCGAGCAAAGUAUUUUCGUGCCAUUAUUUCUUAUCCAGUCGGUUGCUCCUAGUCAAUUCCUCUAUCUAUACUGAAUCGAGACAUCCCGAGUUUGCCUUAUGGAGAGCUGCCGAUGAGACAUUGAAAUCAAAGGGAUUUCUCGGGCAGGAGGAGACUAGAGCCGCGGCGGUUCACGACGACACCGUGAUGAUUUUCAAUCACACUGAACUCCGAUGCCGAGAUUUCGGUGCCGUGAGUCGGGCCCUCGUUGAAAAAUGAGACGAGCAGGUAUAGGGGAUAUCGAUCAAAUUGAACACGACCCAGGAUAUCCGGAUUUUGGAUCGAGUUAAGAAUUUCUCGCAGCUUCGGAGUAUCGCCGCGU